UGUUAUCUGGAAUUGGCCCAGCAACAAGAAUCACCACAAAUUAUUCAUGAACAGUUUGAUAGAAUUGAACUUGAGGUGGGGGCUACAACUCCAGUCUCAGACAAUGAACUUCUGCACCAGUAAUUUUCCCCACAUAAAUCUAUGUGUGUGUGUGUAUAUAUAUAUAUAUAUAUAUAUACAUACACACCACAUGGUCAGAAACACAGAGACAGAGACAUGACAGAGCACACUGAAGUAGUGAACUGAAACUGAUCCCUGUUUCUUCUGCAGAACAGAAAAGCUUCUCUUUUUUUUUUCCCACCGUCUAUGGCGGAAACUUCGGUGACUGUCGUGGCUAAGCGUUUGAACGGUGUCUCCUCUGUUUCCACCAACCCGACCCUCGAUCCUUACGUCAAGUUCCUGCAAAAAUCCAACAACAUCGACGUCUCCUUUUCCUCGUAUCUCAAGCCAGACGAAAAACAUCGAGAACAAGAGCGAGAAGAAGAAGAAGAAGAAGCAGAGUUAAGUAUCUUCGAUGCUCGCAAGUACUUCAGCGAAACCGCAACUGGUCACUGCCUUAAGGAUUCUGCUUUGAAUCCUCCGAGAUUCUCCUCUGCUUCUUCCGCCAAUGUUUCUUCCUACAGUGCGUCUUUUCCCGCGGGACAUACGGCUUCUUCUGAAGCCAGUUGGAACAGUCAGACCGGACUGCUCGCCAAACUCUCUCGAGACAGUAACCGAGUUUCCGACAAAGAUCAAAACCGGGGGACCAUCAAGAAAGGAUCUUCUUCCGGACCCAGAUGGCUUUUCAGACGCAGAUCUUGUCCUUGUUCGAGCGCCAAAUCAGUUCAAGUCCAAGAGAACAGGUCAAGAACUGUCGAGACCAAACCCCAUUCCCCUGAUCGGAUCCUUCAGGUGAGCGUGAAUCCCGUUUCUUUGACCGGAAGCACCCCGACCCGGACGAUGACGGGCGUUCAUCAUCAGACGAUUUCUUCCUCCGAUCCGAUCAGAGUAACGAUCCCUUCGAACCCUGUCAUGAUUCGCGGGUUGAAAUCCAUCGAUGACUCGGCUAGAGAAUCGAGAACUUCCAAUGGCGGUUUCAGCUUCCCGAUUCUGACCCCUCCAUCGUCUGAACAAACGACCAAACCUGUUCCGAAUCCGACAGCAAGUCCCAAAGUGAGCAAAGACGAAGAUGCGGCCAGUGACGCCAGUUCCGAUCUUUUCGAGAUCGAAAGCUUCUCCACGUCUCGCCCGUGUGCUCCACGCGCCGGUCCCGGCGAUUCGAUGGACGAUUCAGCGACGGAGUACGGUUACGAGCCGAGUGAGGCCAGCGUCACGUGGAGUGUUACGACCGCAGAACCAGCUGUUGCGGUUGCGGUUGCAGACGCUGCGGCUGCCAACUUGGCAUCGCUGGCAUCCGGCGGUUGCGGUAAGAGAAGAACGGCCGGGAACGCGUUUUUGAGCUGCCGCUGCGAGAAAGCGGUCAUGGUGAGCGGCGGUCAGCGGCAGGUGGAAGGAAAGAGCGUUGGCGUUCCAAACGCAGUCGCGGAAAAAGUUCAACUAAGCUUUGUGAAUCGACCGAUUUUGGAUAUGAAAUCCACCUCGUUUCGGGUUUAGGAUAAUAUAAUCUCUCUUUCUUCAAUUCCCAUUUAUUUUUUUUAUAUGAAUCUCUUCAUGUUAUUAUCUGUCUCGUUGUUUGAAAUCAUUUAUGAAUUCGGUUUUAAUUUUUCUCCCUUUGAAAAA